CCCUAUACCGCCUGUCUCUGGUCUCCGCUUCCGAGCUCCACCGUCGCCUCACCCUCGCUCGCUCCGCUUUGCUAUGGCGGCCGCUCCCGCUCACCCCCCCGCUUCGAUGGCGACGAAACCCUUCGCUCGGACCCACCGCGGGAUAGGCUUGGGGCUGGGGCUGUCGAGGACCGCGGAUCUCUCCAGGUUCGCGCUCGGAUCGACGAGGCCGAAGCACCGGGCUCUGGAGAUCCGCGCGUGCGGCGCCGAUAAGCACAGCGGUGAUGCUGUGGCUUCCGUGACCGAUUCGCCGGCUACUAAGCCUAGGAAUAAGGUGAGACGACACACUAUCUCUGUGUUCGUUGGAGAUGAAAGUGGAAUGAUAAAUCGCAUUGCUGGGGUAUUUGCUAGAAGAGGAUACAAUAUUGAGUCCCUUGCAGUUGGUUUGAAUAAGGACAAAGCAUUGUUCACGAUAGUUGUCUCUGGGACCAAUAAAGUAUUGCAACAGGUCAUGGAGCAGCUUAAUAAGCUUGUAAAUGUUUUGAAGGUUGAAGAUCUAUCACGAGAGCCACAAGUUGAACGAGAAUUGAUGCUUAUAAAACUCAAUGUGGAUCCAGAUAAACGCCCAGAGGUUAUGGGUCUGGUUGAUGUAUUCAGAGCAAAAGUAGUUGACAUUUCAGAACAUUCACUAACCAUUGAGGUAACAGGAGAUCCUGGGAAAAUGGUUGCAGUUCAGAGAAAUCUGAGCAAGUUUGGAAUCAAUGAAAUUGCUAGAACUGGCAAGAUUGCAUUGAGGCGUGAAAAGAUGGGACAAACAGCUCCUUUCUGGAGGUUCUCUGCUGCUUCAUAUCCAGACCUUGAAGGCACAAUUCCUUCAAAUCCUCUGUUUACGUCCACAACAAAUACAAGAUUUAAUGGCAACUUGGAGCAAUCUUCUGGAGGAGACGUUUAUCCAGUGGAACCAUAUGAAGGUUUUUUGGUAAAUCAAGUUCUAGAUGCACAUUGGGGCAUCCUCGAUGAUGAAGAUCCAAGCGGUCUCUGUUCACAUACUUUAUCCAUCCUUGUAAAUGAUUUUCCUGGUGUUCUUAACUUGGUAACUGGGGUGUUUGCUCGCAGAGGCUACAAUAUUCAGAGUCUUGCUGUUGGCCCAGCUGAAAAGGAAGGCAUUUCUCGUAUCACUACUGUUGUUCCUGGAACUGAUGGAUCUAUUGGCAAGUUAGUACAGCAGCUUUACAAGCUUAUUGAUGUUCAUGAGGUUCAAGAUAUAACUCAUUUGCCUUUUGCUGAAAGAGAACUUAUGCUUAUAAAGGUUGCUGUAAACACUACUGCUAGGAGGGACAUCCUAGAUAUAGCUGACAUUUUCAGAGCCAAAGCUGUAGAUGUUUCUGAUCAUACAGUUACACUUCAGCUUACGGGAGAUUUGGACAAGAUGGUUGCACUGCAAAGAUUAUUGGAGCCAUAUGGCAUCUGUGAGGUGGCACGAACUGGGCGAGUUGCUUUGGUUAGAGAGUCAGGGGUGGACUCGAAGUACCUACGCGGUUACUCCCUUCCAUUUUAAUUCGAUAUGGCAAAAAAUCCCUAGGAAUAGAACUCGCAUCUGCAGAUGCUUCGCGGCGUUUUGUUUGCUUUUACUAGUUUCUACAAAAAUUUUGAAUUAGUGCAGAACAAACAUGUAUCAGUUAUUCCAUGUUUUAUCACAAAUUGUUGUGAUUAGCUCCUAUAGAUGUAAUCUAUCAUAAAAUUAUCUUGUUUUCCACGUUAGUUGACAUUGAUGAAUGAGAGUUAAAUGGACCUUUUUUCGUUGCA